AUGAAGACCCUGGCUCAGAGAAGACAAUCUGCUCCCUCACUGGUCAUCAGCAAAGCAUUGACCAGAUCCAGGAGCACAUCUAGGGAGAGCUGCAUGAUCCCUGUGAGCCCGGAGUCUUGCGGUCUGGUCCAGAGCUUCCUCAGCGAGUGUCCAGGCCGAGCCUUCCUGGGUCACGUUCAAGUCCACAUGAAGACAGGCCUGCAGACCCAGGACAGACAUCUCUUCCUUUUCACUGACACGCUCAUCGUCACCAAAACCAAGUCACCCUCUCAUUUCAAAGUGAAGGCGCGAGUGCGCGUGUGCGAGAUGUGGACAGCGGGCUGCGUGGAGGAAGUGUGCGAGGGGAGCACCAACCCCGAGAGGAGCUUCGUGCUGGGGUGGCCCACCUGCAACUGUGUGGUCACUUUCAGCUCCGAAGAGCACAAGGAGAAGUGGCUGAUGCUCAUCAGAAGUCGCAUCAAUGAGGGUAAAGACAAGGACGACCCCAAAACGGUCCCUCUCAAAAUAUUUGCCAAGGACAUUGGAAACUGCGCUUAUGCCAAGACUUUAGCGGUCAACAACAUAGACAACACCAACGACGUCAUCAGAAUGGCACUUAACCAGUUCGGCAUUGACGGCCACGUGAAGGACCACCGAUUGUGGGUGAGCUCCAGCAAGGAUGAACCUCCGUACCCUCUGAUUGGCCAUGAGUUCCCAUUCAGCAUCAAGAUGAGUUACAUUCGAAACGGCGUUAACGGCGGUCCCGACAUUACCAGUCCGUGCGAUUGUCCAGAGGUUCUGCUGCUGGACCGAUGUCUGCCUGCCGAAACUCGCUGCCACUUCAUUCUCAAGCCCAGCAGAGUCACGCACGGCAACUACACGCUCAUCGACGCCGCCCAGUCCAAGUCGUUCAAGCGUAAACGCUCAUUGAUCAACUGGCCCUUCUGGAGGGGCUCCAGUAACCAUUUGGACGUGGCUCCUCCACUCAGCCCCACCUCGCCAGUCCCCAGCCCGGGUCACCUGUUUGGACAGCCUCUUGCUUCUGUCUGCUCAGUCGACGCCGGCUUGCCUAAACCCGUCAUGGACAUGCUAGUCUUCCUUUACGUGGAAGGGCCAUACACCCGUGGAGUAUUCCGGCGCUCGGCAGGGGCAAAGGCCUGCCGAGAGUUGCGUGAGCGACUUGACGCCGGGAGGGACGACGGCGAGAUCACCCAUCAGUCCGUGUUUGUCGUGGCCGCCGUCCUCAAGGACUUCCUUCGCAGCCUCCCUGGCAGCCUGCUUUGCUCGGAACUUUAUGAUCAAUGGACAGCGGCCAUGGAGAACGAAGGAAGCAGCGAUGUGAUCGGCGAGAUCCAAAGACUACUGCGCCUGUUGCCAGCGGAGAAUUUUCUGCUAUUGCGCCAUGUCGCCGCCGUGCUGCACCGCAUUCAAGGGUACGCCCACGACAACCAGAUGAAUGCCUUCAACCUGUCCGUCUGCAUCGCUCCCAGCAUGCUUUGGGCUUCCACACCGGGGACCCCUGAGAUGGAGGGAGAGGGUGCUAAGAAGGUGUGUGAGCUAGUGCGCUUCCUCAUUGAGAACUGCACUGCUGUGCUGGGCGAUGACGUCACCAACCUGUUUUCCGCCUUCAGCCCGAAGUGUGGCGGCAGCGAGCAUGGCUCCGACGCAUCAUCAUUCCAAAUGAACGACUCGUCGUACGACAGCCUGGAAAAUGAGCUGAAUGACGAACCCGAGUCCCCGUGCCAGGAACAGCUCCCUCUUCGCGAAAAACGCGACAAGCCCGACAGCCGUAGCCGCGACUCGGUCCUCACGCUCAGCGACUGCGAAGCUGACGGUGAAGGUCGCGGCGACGACCUCUUACUGCAGCUACCGCCCCUAGCCAGGCCCCGCCGCUUCAGCCCCGUUGUCCGCCAACCCCGCACCCGUUACACCAACGGGGCUCCUUCACAGGGCGCCAACCGGCGGCUGAGGCGGAGCUCGGAGCCCGCCCUAGCUGCCCUCGCGGGGGGGAGCCUCCCGCUACGCAAGGCUAGCUAUGAUGCCGCCAUGGAAGGUGAGGAAGAAGAGGAAGAAUUCCUGGAGAAGGAGAUGAACGGGCUCCAUCUGAAUUCGGAGGGGGACCAUAACAGUGCGCGGCGGAAGAAUAAGCACAUCCCCCCACCCCCAUUGCGAUUGGACGCUAGCUGCUCUAGCCUCUCUUCACCUGCCACCUCACCCACUGGCUCUUCUCUCAGCUCCUUAGACUCCGCUUUCUCGCAGUACUCCACCGAUUACAGUGCCGUCCCGAUGGGCGACGUCCCCCUCCGUUCCCCACGGUGCUCCCCACCGCAGAAGGAUCCCCGCCCUGGCCACGGUGCCCACCCCAACACUUGGCUCAAAAAGGACAGACGCCUCUCCCUUAAGCAGCCCCUAAACGGACACACGAGUGAGGUUUCAUCGCCUGCUGGGGCACAAAGUGGGACGCCCAACUGUCGGUCCAGCAGUCCUCCAUCCUACCAGCAGGCACUUCUUCAACUACAACGCACCUCAGCCUUCUACAAGGGGGCGGACAAAACUCUGACUGUACAAGAGCUACGAAUCCUCCAAGACGCACCUAACGCUGGAUCUGACGCCGCCCAGCCCCCCAUGGGUGUCUUCUAUGGACAAAGCGCCACCACUCUCGUACUGAAACGCCAGAAGUCCCACUCUCUGACGCCGCCCAUCCAGAGCCGGACGCUCCCCCGCCGUCGGUCAGAGCCGUCAUGCAUGAACUCCAAAACGUCCACCCUUGAGAGACCCCGAGGUCGCCUCAGGGUGUCAAACGUGGAGCCCCUGUCACCCUCAGCUAACCGCACUGUGAGGGACUACUUUUCUGCGAGUGGGGACACGGCGGGCUGUGCACACCACAGCCAGGAGGUGGCGCUGGCCAUCGCCCAAGCCAAGAGAGAGUGGCACAGUCAGCAGUGUAGCGAGCCCCCCCGAUUGGAUGAUUUUGACCAGCUCUUCUUUGCUGAAGAGUCAUACGUGUAA